AGCUGCCAACGAUGCCACUCGCACAAGAUCAAAUGUGAUGGUCAGAAGCCCUGCAAGAAUUGCAAAGCCACGAACAAUACUCCAUGCGAGUACCCCGUCAAGGAUCGAAAGACUACAGUCCGAGAAAGCUAUAUCAAUGACCUUCUGAAGGAGAUCGAGCGCCUCAAGCAACAGGUCUCGACGCCGCAGAGUGACAAUCAACAACAGCAGAGUCAAAGUAAUACGCCCGAGCCUUCCGUCACCACCGAUUCAGGAAACCCUUUGGUUCGAGAUGAUGCCUGGUUUGUCCCACUACAUGAAAGUCCCAUCUUCAUCGGCGAGGCAGCAUGUACAGCAUUUUCAUCACGUUUACGCCAGCUUCUUCUACACACACAGGCCGAGGUUCACAUUGCUAGAACGCUUUAUGUCCAAGACGGUCAAAUCUGGCAAGCCGCCAACGAGAAUGCACCAUGGCCGAGUCGACCGCAAGCAUAUCUCCUUGUAGAAUCCGUCAUUGCAACAGUAGGACAAUGCUUCCAUUUGUCUUCUCUUUCCGGCGUCAGAAGCAUACUGGAGAAGGCAUAUACUGACCGCACAGCUCUCAAUCAGAUGCAAGAGUGCAAGCUGUUUGCCUUGUUCGCACUUGCCCAGGUUUACUCGCCCAGAUUGGCCGAAUCUCAACACGCGGUAUUCCCUGGACUACCAUAUUUCGCAAAAGCUAGGGAGCUGCUUCCUGUUUUGCCAGAACGCGCUACAGCAGAUCAUGUAGAAGUCUUGAUAUGUCUUACAAUAUAUUCGCUGGCGAUGAACAGACGACAUUCGGCUUACUGGUACAUUGGAUCUGCAAUGCGAUUAUCGAUGACGUUAGGUCUACACCACAAUAUUACAGAGUCGCAGAUGCCAGAUCUAGCUGCGAGACAGAAAAGAGCACGUCUGUGGUGGACAGUCUACGCCCUCGAUCGUUUCAUUGCCAGCAAGAUCGGACAUUCUGCAUUCAUCCUGAACGACGAUAUAGAAGUCAGUCCACCUUCGGAUAACGGACUUACUGAUGCACAGAAAGGUGAUGUGGUAAGUGCCGAUUACCUUUGCGCGAGUAUGCGCCUGGCAAGCAUUGCUGGCGAGACAAUUUCCACCUUGUACAGUCGCAAGAAGAACGAUCGACCAUUUGUUCAGAAGGUGCAAGCCAUAUUCAAGAGUCUUCGAGACUGGUCAGCGACGUUACCAGAAAGCGUCAAGAUGUGGCCAGAUAAGCCAGCGAGCUGGCACAUUGUCGCUUUGCAUCUAUCUUUCAACCAGUGCGUAAUUCUCGCUACACGGCCGACUUUGCUGCAAGUCUUUCAUGUUACCAAUCGGACGAACCGCAAGGAUGAGAUCCCUCAAGCUACAUUCAUGCUGGCUGAGACAUGCGUGCAUACAGCGAGGCAUACAUGCCGUCUCAUAACCCAGGGAUGGACUGCGCUUCCGGCUUUGGAUUAUUCGUCAGCACAGUAUCUCUAUGCUGCUGCGACCAUCCUUGCAGUUUCCAAUCUCUGCCUCGGAUCUAGUGCACAGGCAGACAAGGAGACAUUCCAAUCAGCACAUCACCUAAUGAAGCAAUUAGAUCGACUGGGCAAUAUUGCGGCAAGAGAAUUUUGUCAACAUCUAGAUGCUAUUCUCGAGUGCAUCUCAAGAUUUGAGGCGGAAAAGUCUGAGCAGUUGCUGAGUGUCACACCACAACAACUCUCAAGUAUAGAUCCAUUGCGGAUGGAUGAAAUGACGAGCGAGAUGGCAAUUCUUCAGCCAAAUGUGCAGGAUUUCUUGUCGUACGACAACGCUGAUCUG